AUGGCGGCCACGCUGAGGCGUGAGGGGGGCAGCACUUCCGGGUUGGAAGCGGAAAUACGUCACCGCCUCAAUAGCAACAGAGAGACUUCCGGAGGGCAGGGCGCGGCUGUGGCGCUGGUGGCCGCGCUCUGGGGCACCAGUGGCCCCUUCCUGAGGGUGGCAGCGGCCACCACGGAGCAGCAGCCGGGCCGGGGCCGCCUGGGCCAGCUCCUGGCAGAGCUGCGAGUCCUGAGCCUCAACCGCAAGUACCUGGUGCCCUUCCUGCUCAACCAGGCUGGAUCCCUCCUCUUCUACCUCACCUUGGCCUCCACAGACCUGUCCCUGGCAGUGCCACUCUGCAACUCCCUGGCUUUGAUUGUGACCUUGGUGACUGGGAAAAUCCUGGGAGAGGACAUUGGUGGGAAAAGAGCUGUGGCAGGAAUGCUGCUCACCAUGCUGGGAAUCUCCCUGUGCGUGGCUGGGGCCUGAAGGAGCAGCAGAACCUGAUCCAAGGCUCCUCCCCUCGUGGCUGAGGGGGCUCCAGGCUCAGUUUUGGGAUGGUAAAAUCCAUGGAUGGCAUUCCCUGAGUGCCAGGGUGGCACCAGGCCCAUCCCAAGGACAGCCAGUUCUGUGCCUGAAGGGAUUUUUGGUGGCUGUUUUGGGACCACAAUGGUUAAACUGACCUGUUAGUACUGGAGGGAUAAGAAAUAGUUAAUAAAUUAUCCAGCUUUAAUAAAUUAUCCAGUGUGACUUCCUGGCA